CGCCUCCGUCUGUAUCCAAGGCAACGCGUAAACAGUGGGGAUCCGACGCGCGAGGCGAUACGUCGCGUUUGUAUUGUGCUCGAUAUUUGGAAGAUCGCGAAUAUUUUCUCUAAGUACGUUGUCCAGCUCUAGGCGAUGGCUGAGGAGGGCGCAGCGGCAGCGGCGGCGGCGGCCCCAGGUGCAGGAGAAAAAGUGAUACACACAUAUCCUUUGAUUAGGCAUUCAGACAUGAACGAAGAAAUGCGCACAGAAGCGAUGGAGCUGUCAGUGACGGCAUGCGAAAAGUACGCGCAGAAUAACGAGCUGGCUGCAAGGAUGGUCAAGGAGUCCAUGGACAAGAAAUUUGGGCCCGCCUUCCACGUGGUCGUGGGGGAGUCCUACGGCUUCGAGAUCACGUACGAGUGCACCACCAUCUGCUACAUGUACUUCGGCGGCAAUCAGGCGAUUUGCAUCUGGAAGUGUUCCUGAACACUUGUAGGCAAAUAGCCAGAACUGUAUGCAGAUGUCAAGGUUCCGCUCUGGGGGAAUGUAUAGUUUUUUAUGAUGACAAAAGCAAUGACCACAUUUCAUUCAAUGUUCUUUAGUAUACCUAGCACUUUUAUUGGUUACUGUACCGAGAUAAACGAUUUUAAUUCGGUCGCAGUAUGCGCAAAACUUUAAUGUCAUACAAAAUUUUUCGUGCAUUUUUUGCAAUCAUAGUUUCGUGAUAGGUAUUUGCUAUUUUGUCAGUAAUGGAAGUUUUUCUUUGAAUAAUAAAUUCACAAAGACUGCAUAUUGUAGUAAUUAGGUACUAAACUCUUGACCGUCCAGCCAGUAUUUAUUUGUUCUAGUAUACGUGAAGUUAUGUCCAAUGUACAAUAAUUAGGUACUGUCAUUUUCAUAUGCAAAUUGUUGGUAGACGCUUAAACCAAGAAAAGUUUAGGAACAAUAGGUACAUAAGCACCAUUAGCAUAAACGCGGAAAAAUAUUUUACUUUAGUUACGUUUUCUUUUGGCAUUGUACCUAACUCGUGGUCUAAAGUGCUUUGUACUAAUUAAAUGUAACGUGAAAUUAACGUUAGCAGAUAUUAUCAACACUACAUAAAUGUGAGCACAACAAUAUUUGGAAUGUCACGGCCUCAAUAAUGGAAAUUCUUACGGGUAAAAUAUAUUAUUUUAUUCAAUUUCUUACAGGUCAGAUGGCGAACAAAGCAAGACAAUUUUGCACCAAUAAACUGUCAAAAACACACAAGAAAUUCCACGAACUUGUGUUCAUUUCUCUUAAAAGUAUUUGUACAAUUUCAGAAACAGCUAGAACAAAUAAUGCAUGAAUCUGUCUCUAGUUCGGCGUGCAUUGGUAUUUGGACAGCUAAGCACACAAUGUGUAAGUAGUCCGCGCGACCGCAAAACAUGAGGGUGGGCCAAACUAGGUACGACGCACAAAAAUAUUUUUAUCUUCACUUCGCCAAACUAUGCACAGUAUGCGCUUGUGUGCGUUUCUUUAAGUAAUAAAAAAUACUAUCACUGUUACAUAUAAUUCCAAUAUUAAGAAUAAAUGCGAAAGUUUGUCACGCUUUCACGGCUCCAUAGCUGGGCCGAUUUUGAUGAAAUUUGGAAUAGAUAGUUAGUGGCCCGGGGUCUUACAUUGUCUACUGAGGCCAUAGUCACAGGCGACAGUUAGUACAUUAUAAUGACCAUAUAUAUUAGGACCAUGUAAGUGGCUUUUGGGCAAAAUAUUUAUCGAUGUAAAGCAUUAUAUAGGUACCAUCGGUCUACCUAUAAGUACCCACGCGGAUCUAAAGAAAUGAAUCAUCGAACCGAAUUAGCGUGUUGUUUGGCUAUAAUACAAUAAACAUAAACUAAAAAGACUAAAGUAAUCGAGUCCAUAGCAAAUCAGGGUCAACCGUAGAAGUGACGUAAUCUCGAGUACAAUAUUAAUUGCGCAUAAAUGGAAGGUGGCAGUUCACAUAACUUGCGUCUUGGCCGAUGUCGAAGCAAUUAUUUUUUUUUGUCAAUUAACCGACAGACCUUGAGCUUAGUUCCGAGAUCUAUUGUUCACUGAGGCAUGGUAUUAACUAUAAUGAGAAUUGUAAUUACGAAAAGCCUUUGUAAAAAUAAUCAUGUCAAUUAUGUACAUCAUUGUUUUUAAGAGUUGCGUGUGUUUAUUUUAGUUUUGUGUGAUGAAUGUACAAAAAAACUGGAGGCCAUAUUUAAAUAUGCAAUGUAUUUACAAAUAUACCUAAAUAUGAAUUUUA